GGUCGUGUUCUUCCUAUUUCACUGUCUUUUUCUGUCUUUCCAAACAAAUUCCUCUCUCUUUCUCUCCAUAUAUAUUUUUAUAUAUGUAUGUAUGUAUAGACUGCGGAUAGACAUCAUGACGGCCAUGGAAGCUUUGAUUCUUCUGGCACUUAUCUCUGUAUCGUCUUUGGCUGUUGCACUGAACCAAGAAGGCUCAUAUCUCCACCGAGUCAAACUCGGCCUCUCCGACCCGGCCGGUUCGCUAGCCGCCUGGAACCGCCGCGACGCCACCCCAUGCAACUGGACUGGCGUCGCCUGCAACCCGGCCACUGGUUCGGUCGUCUCCGUCGACCUCUCCAACUCUGGCCUGGCGGGCCCCUUCCCCACCGUUCUCUGCCGCCUAGCUUCCCUCUCGUACCUCUCUCUCUACAACAACUUCAUCAACUCCACUCUCCCACUCUCCAUCUCCGACUGUCGCAGCCUCACCAGCCUCAACUUGGGUCAGAAUCUUCUCUCCGGUUCGGUUCCGUUCACUCUUGCCGACAUUCCCAACCUCAGAGUUCUAAUUCUUGAAGGCAACAGCUUCUCCGGCGAGAUCCCGGUUAGCUUCGGGCUCUUCCGGCGGCUCGAGAGUCUCAACUUAGCCAACAAUUUUCUGAACGGGACCCUUCCGGCGGUCCUGGGGAACAUAACCAGCUUGAAAGUGCUUAGGCUUGCUUGGAACCCGUUUGCGCCGAGUCGACUCGCGCCGGAACUCGGAAAUUUGACGGGUUUGGAGGAGCUCUGGCUGAGUAAUUGCGACCUCAUUGGUCCGAUUCCUGGGAGCUACCGGCGUCUGAGUCGACUCAGUAACUUUGACGUGUCGGAUAAUAUGCUUACUGGGUCGGUGCCGAGAGAAAUUCUUGAAUUAACGAAUUUGGAGCAAAUUGAGCUUUUCAAUAACUCGUUUUCGGGUCCGUUGCCGGCGGGCUGGUCGAACCUGACGAAGCUCCGGCGGUUUGAUGCGUCUUUGAACGGGUUGGUUGGGACGAUCCCGGACGAGUUAUGCGAGUUACCGCUCGAGUCGCUGAACCUCUGCGACAACCAACUCGCCGGUGAGCUGCCGGAGAGCAUAACUUGGUCGCCGAACUUGUACGAGCUCAAAGUGUUCAACAACCGGCUUCACGGGUCGUUGCCGAGUCAACUCGGAAAGUAUUCGCCUUUGCGAACACUUGACGUGUCGGAAAACCAGUUUUCCGGCCAAUUACCGGCGGGUCUGUGCGAAAAGGGAGUUCUAAAAGAGCUGCUCUUGAUAUACAAUUCAUUUUCCGGGGAAAUUCCAUCUGUUCUUGCCCAAUGUCGGAGCCUGACCCGGGUCCGGUUUCGUCGCAACCAGUUUUCCGGCGAAGUUCCGGCGGAGCUUUGGGGUCUACCGCACGUGUAUUUACUGGAUCUUGGUGAGAAUUUAUUUUCCGGGAAAAUAUCAUCCAUGAUAUCCGGAGCAUCAAAUCUCUCAGUUCUAUUCAUUUCCAAGAACAGAUUUUCAGGGACUAUACCUACCGAGAUUGGAUCCUUGAACAAUCUAGUUGAAUUCUCCGGCAGUUACAAUGAGCUUUCAGGCCAAAUUCCAGCAACAAUAGUCAAUUUGGUUAAGUUGGGGCGGCUCAAUCUUCGCAACAAUCAACUUUCCGGGAAAAUUCCCCUGGGAAUUCACUCCAUGAAACAGCUCAACGAUCUUAACUUGGCGAACAAUGACUUAUCCGGUGAAAUCCCUGAUGAAAUUGGGAGUUUCCCAGUACUCAAUUACCUCGAUCUUUCCCAGAAUCUAUUUUCCGGGAAAAUCCCACCCAGCUUACAAAAUUUGAAGCUUAAUUUGCUAAACUUAUCCUACAAUCGUCUUUCCGGGGAGAUUCCUCCGCCAUUUGCUAAAGAAAUUUACAGGGAUAGCUUCUUGGGCAAUCCCGGGUUAUCUGGCGAUCUUCCCGGGCUUUAUCCUCGCUCUGAAAAUCGAGCUGUUCUUUGGCUACUUCGAUCAGUUAUCGCACUUGCUGCCAUGUUCUUUCUUGCUGGUGUUGUUUGGUCUGUUUGGAACCUCAGAAACUUGCGGGAAUCCAAGGGAGGAAUCACCAUAAUGAAGUGGCGAUCAUUUCACAAACUGGGUUUCAGCGAGGACGAAAUCCUUGAUUGCCUCAAUGAAGACGAUGUCAUUGGGGCCGGAUCUUCAGGGAAAGUCUACAAGAGCGUGCUCAGAAAUGGCGAGGUGGUUGCAGUGAAGAAGUUGAGUGAUGUCGCCGGCGAUGGGUCUGAGAAAGACGCAUUCGACGCCGAAGUCGAAACGCUGGGAAGCAUCAGGCACAAGAACAUUGUGAGGCUGUGGUGUUGUUGCCAUGCCGGGGAUUGCAAGCUUUUGGUUUACGAGUACAUGCCCAAUGGGAGCCUCGGGAGCUUGCUGCAUGUUACCAAGGGUUGUUUGUUAGAUUGGUGUACUAGGUUUAGGAUCGCCGUGGAUGCGGCCGAGGGGCUCUCGUAUUUGCAUCACGACUGCUUCCCGCCAAUCGUUCAUAGGGACGUGAAGUCAAGCAACAUCUUGUUGGAUUCUGAGUUCGGGGCCAAAAUCGCCGAUUUUGGACUUGCCAAAAUCGUCGAGAGGGUCAACAAAGGGGCGGAAGCCAUGUCUACUAUUGCGGGUUCUUGUGGGUAUAUUGCACCAGAGUAUGCAUACACUCUUUGGGUGAACGAAAAGAGUGACAUUUACAGCUUUGGGGUGGUCCUGCUGGAGUUAUUGUCAGGAAGACGAGCCAUCGACCCGGAGUUCGGGGAGAAAGAUCUAGUGACUUGGGUUAGGAGUAGCCUGCACUGGAAAGGAAUCGACUAUGUGCUGGAUCCUAGCCUCGAUUUGGUGUUCAAAGAACAAAUUUACAGGGUAUUGGACAUCGGCCUCCUCUGCGUCCGCCAAUUGCCGGCUGACCGACCUUCAAUGCGCAGGGUGGUGAAGAUGCUGCAUGAAGCAGGCACGAGCUAUGAGCCCAGAGAGGCAACUGUAGACGGGAAGCUCUCUGGCUACCACCAUGAACAUGAACAUGUCCCUGACGAAGGAAGUGACUCUUGAAGGGAAUAGGUAGGAUUUAGUGAUUUCUGGACCCACUUCUGCUCAAAGUAAGGGCAAAGGUGAGAUUUUAUCCUCUCGGCUGGCUGGCUUAAUUACUGACUAUCGGGAUUGACCUAUAUAUAUAUAUAUAUAUAGUUUGUUGUAAUCACAUGUAUAAUAUAUCCAUGCAAGUGUCACUACUACCAAGUAUCAAACUUGAGUGUCUAAAAAUUAAUAUUUUAUAAAAUAAAAUACUCUACGUGAAUGUUAUCGUGAAUUUUAAAUUUUUGUGUUUUUUUUUCAGGAAAAGAGUACUUUAGAAGAGAAUGUUUUUAAUAUU